UCCACUUCCGGUUCCGGUCUCGAGGUGCCAUUUUGUCGUGAGACAGCAUCCAGAGGAGUCGCGAAGGGAAGAUGCUCUCGACUGCUGGCGGCUGCGUGGAGCCCGCCUUUUGGCCGGGCUGCGAGGGUCAGCGGGGGGCCAACGCCGCCGCUCAGCGCCGCUUCUCCCCUUACGCCUUCAACGGCGGGACUGUAUUGGCCAUUGCUGGGGAAGAUUUCUCUGUUGUUGCCUCGGAUACCCGAUUGAGUGAAGACUAUGCUGUCCAUAGCCGAGACAGUCCAAAAUGCUACAAGCUGUAAGACAAGUGGAUAAACCCUUGCGCCUGGUUCCAGGGAAACUGUUUGAAUAUUACAAAUUGUUUAUAAAGUCUUUGUAAAAUGUACAAACAUUCCAAUAACAAGAUUAUGAGUUCAGGUGCUAUUGCAGCCAUGCUUUCUACAAUCCUGUAUUCCCGGCGUUUCUUCCCUUAUUAUGUCUAUAACAUAAUUGGUGGAUUGGAUGAAGAAGGGAAAGGAGCAGUUUACAGCUUUGAUCCUGUAGGCUCCUACCAGAGAGAUACUUUCAAAGCUGGUGGGUCAGCAAGUGCCAUGCUGCAGCCUCUGCUAGACAACCAGGUUGGCCUCAAGAAUAUGCAAAAAGUGGAGCAAGUAUCUUUAUCCUUGGAAAAGGCCUUGCAGCUAGUAAAGGACGUCUUUAUUUCUGCUGCAGAAAGAGAUGUAUACACAGGAGAUGCCCUAAAAAUCUGUAUUAUCACAAAGGAUGGAAUUAAAGAGGAAACUGUUCCAUUGCGAAGAGACUAAAUUGGUACACUGUGCAAUUAAAGAUUUUUCAGUAUGUACCCCAUACUUUUUAUUUUGGUUGUUUACUGGUGGCAUGAUAUCUGACAUAUUAAAAAAAAAAAGGAACCAAA